GCCGGGAUGGGGCAGUAGCGGCCAUGGAGCGGGCCGAGGGCCGGCCCGGCGCCCCCCAGUACGUGCAUGUGCAGCUGCAGGGGGGCGCGCCCUGGGGCUUCACGCUGCGCGGCGGGCUGGAGCACGGCGAGCCCCUCAUCGUGUCCAAGGUGGAGGAUGGGGGCAAGGCUGCGCUGUCUCGCCGGCUGCAGCCAGGCGAUGAGCUGGUGAACAUCAGUGGGACGCCGCUGUAUGGGUCCCGCCAGGAGGCCCUGAUCCUCAUCAAGGGUUCCUACCGCACCCUGAAGAUGAUCGUCCGCAGGAGGAGUGUGCCCGUCCUCCGGCCCCAUUCCUGGCACGUGGCCAAGCUCGCCGAAAGCCGCCCCGAAGCCCCUGCCAUGCACUGCCCUGCCGACACCUUCAGCCUCUCCUGGCCCUCAGGGUGUGAUGCCAGCACCGACCGGAGCAGCUCCAUCGGGAGCAUGGAGAGCCUGGACCAGCCUGGCCAGGCCUACUAUGAAGGGGACCCCUCACCCGUUGACCAGGGCAUGUACCACAGCAAGCGGGACUCGGCCUACAGCUCCUUCUCCGCCAGCUCCAUCGCCUCUGACUGUGCCCUCUCUCUCCGCCCUGAGGAGGCUGCCUCCACCGACUCCGGCCUCCAAGGUCCUUGCAAGCCCCUGGACGGGCGCUACCUGACCACGGGGCCUGAGCUGCCUGCCAGCCGGCACCCCGAGGCCUGGCGGGCACCCAUGCCCCCCCAGCCCCCAGUUAGGAGGGACAGCCUACGGGCCUCCCCAGCCAGUGGAGGGGAAAGACGCCGGGCAUUGGUGUCUGCAGACGUGCUGCAUGCCAAGGGCCGGUGGAUCUCUGACACCUUCCUCUGCCAGCGGGACGGGGAGACAGAGGCAGCGGGUGGGAGGACGCCAGGGCCAUACCCCACAAAGGACCAUCUCUCUGCUGACCAGUAUUACAUGCUGAGCUCCCCCUCAGACCGGAGUCCGGCCAAGCCACUCCUGGGAGAGAGCACAGAGCCUGGUGACCGGCUGUACCCAGAUGGUGGUGUGCACCGAGUGCCAGAUGCCACGGCAGUGGGUGACAACCUGCUGGUGUCCCCCCUCAAGGGCCAUGUGCUGCACCGGCACAGCGCUCCUGAGCAGUUGCUGGCCUCCCAGCUCCGCUCCCUCCAGGUGGGCACUGGCAGUGGGCGAGCCUCACCAGCCUCUGAUGGGCACCGAUGGACCCUUUCCCCACUGCAUCCCGAGGGCAGCCGACCAGGGGCCGUUGGAGCUGCCCAGGACCCCUCACUCUGCCCAGAGCCAUGCCGCCGCCUGCCACCCUGCCAAUGCUGCCCUGAGCCUCAGCGAGCCUGUGGGCAGGAUGGGCGGGGGGCCAGCCCAGCACACAGCACUGAGGGGCCAGUGGAGGAGAGCCGGGCAGGGGGCCGUCGGGCGGGGGGUCCUCCCCACCGCUCAGCUCAGAUGCGCCGCCGCAGCGACCGCUUUGCCACCAGCCUUCGCAAUGAGAUCCAGAGGCGCAAGGCCCAGCUGCAGAAGAGCCGGGGCCCGGGUGCCCCACUGCCAGGCGAGGAGCCGGUGGAGGAGGCAGACGAGCCCCCUGAGGGCAGCAUGCUGGCAGAGGGGCCCCAUGCCCCAGCCGAGCGCCUCAGCCCUGCGCUGAGCGAGGACAGCAGGAGCCCCAGCCACUCAGGGGACCAGGACAUCCCCCCCCCUGACCCACUGCCUGUCCCCAAAGGGCCCCCAUCCCCUGAGCGGCAAGUGCCAAUGGGCCGGGGCCGCUGGCGCUGGUCCCCAGAGCGGAAGCUGCAGCGGCAGCACUCGCCCAGCCCCAGCGAGCUGGAGGGCUACAGCCAGGAGCCAGUGGCCCCCAGCUCCCCAUCACAGGGCAGUGACGAGGCCGUCCUCCUGCCCUUCGCCGACCGCCGCCGGUUCUUCGAGGAGAGCAGCCGGCCAGCACCACCCCGGCAUGGCAAGCCUCUGACAGCUGAUCCUGGUGCCUUCCAGCCCCACGGCCCCGAGCGCCAGGACGCCCGGCGCCGCUCUGUGGACCAGCCCUAUGGCUCCCCCUCACCCGGCCGCCCUGGCUCUGCCAGCCCCUACACUGAAUGCUGCCGGGAGCAGCCCCCUUGCUACAAGCCUCUAGGGAGGCCAGGGGAGCUGGAGUACCUGCGGGGCUUCUCCUACCCCUGUGGGGGAGCCCUGCACCCUGAGCCCUGCCGCUACUGCGGGGGGGAUGUGUGCCCCCCGUUGCUGCCCCGUGCCCACGCCUGCCGCUGCCACCCCCAGCCCUGGGCACGCUGCCCUGACUGCUGCUGCCCAGCCCCCCACCCUGGGCGGGAGGAGAGUGACGCCUGGCCCCCCCGGAGAGCUUUCGCCCCGGAAUUUCCUCUGGAUGAGUGGGAACCACCAGCAAUAACCAGGAAAGCCAGCCAGUCCAUCAGUGAGCUCUCCCGCUACCAACUGGGCUUCUCGAGGCUUGGCCCUUUCCGCCCCUGCUUUGAGAGUGCCAAGCCAGAGUGGCCACCCUGCUACCGGGCCACAUCCACACAUGACCUGUCGUGGGAUGGCGACCGCCUGGCCUGCUCCCCUGAGAGCCUCCCCGAUCCCCUGCACCGCCCACUGCGGGGCAGAGCCUUUUCGGAGAGCCACCUCAACCUGGAGCCAGGCAGCCCCCGGGCCCGUGACCAGAGGGACCUUCUCCGUGCCAAGCUGGACCCUCCUGAUGUCCCCAAAAAGAAGGGCCCUCCACCCCCCCGCCCUCCUCCCCCCAACUGGGAGAAGUACAGACAGCGCCGGAUGUCCCAGCGCCUGCCAGACAGUUCUGGGCACGGCUCUGCCUUCACUGCUGCGCCGGUGCUGACCCGCAGCAUCGCUGAGGCCGUGCGUGAGCGGUCGCAGAGCCUCCCCGGGGAGCAGGGGGGCUGGUCUCGGGGGCAUGCUGCUCGCCCCCCAGCUCCGCCAAGUGCCUGGCCCCGACCUGAGCCCCCCAGAUCUCUCUGCAGGACGCCUGAGCUUGAUGCUGGCAGCGCUGAGGUUUUCAGCAGGGUGACAGGGGCCGGAGAAGAGCGGCUGAAGGCAAAGCACCCCUGGGAGAUGGAGGAGCAGCCCCAAAGGCUUGGCCAGAACCAGGAGCGUGGCUGGGUUGGCCCUCGCAGGUUAGGUGAGCGCUCCCUGCCCCUGCGUGGUGCCCCCAGUCCUGCCACUCUGGAGGUGCCCAAGCCCAGCCCCGGAGCAGCAGAGGAGGCGAGCUGCCCAGGGGGCCGGUCCCAGCCCCGCCGCGUGGACUCGGAGGAGCUGCUGUGGGAUAUGGUGGGCAGGGACCGCUCCCUGGCCGGCAUCCUGGCUCCCUCGGCCCCCCUCAGCACCACCACCGCAGUGAUGGGGGAGCUGGUGGUGGUGGGGGAGCGGCAGGCCUGGCGGGAGCAAUUCCAGCAGGACUGGCGCCUGGAGGCCCUGGCACAGGACAGGCAGGGCUUUGAGCCCAUCUCACCACCCUCUGCCAGCACUGCCAGCUCCACCUCCUACCCAGCGUAUUACGGUGUGGCAGCAGGCAAAGCUGAGCCGCUCAGCAAGGUGAAGGAGCUGCCGGAGGUGGUGGAGGGGAGUUCGGAGGACGACGAGGAGGAUAUGGACCGUGAGCUGGUGGAGAAGAAGCUGCAACUGAUCGAGAGCCUGAGCCGCAAGCUGGCAGUGCUGCAGGAGGCGCAGCGGGGGCUACAGGAGGACAUCAGCGCCAACGGGGCGCUGGGCGAGGAUGUGGCUGCCCGCCUGCAAGCCCUCUGCACCCCGGGGGAGUUCGACAAAUACCGCCUCUUUGUGGGCGACCUGGACAAGGUGGUCAACCUCCUGCUCUCCCUCUCGGGACGCCUGGCCCGGGUGGAGACUGCCCUGGGCAGCCUGGGGCCACAUUCCCCUGCUGAGGACAAGGUGGCCCUGCGGGAGAAGCAGCGACUGCUGGUGGCGCAGCUGGAGGACGCCAAGGAGCUGAAGGAGCACGUGGGGCGGCGGGAGGAGGCGGUGGGCGCAAUGGUGGCACGGUACCUGCCCGCCGAGCACCUCCAGGACUACCAGCACUUUGUCAAGAUGAAGUCAGCCCUCAUCGCCGAGCAGCGGGAGCUGGAGGAGAAGAUCAAGCUGGGCCAGGAGCAGCUCCGCUGCCUGCGUGAGAGCCUCGGCCAGGCCCCCAAGGGCUGCUAGGCCCCUGCCCAGCUUCCUCCCAGGACUAUGGCCCAGGCCCCAGUGUGCUGCCAAAGUGGAUCUGGCCCCUUGGGUGUUCUCCCUGUGUCUGUCUGUCCUGCCCCUGCCUUUUAUUUAUUUUUCCGGUUUAUUGAGCAGGUGCCAGUCCAGGAGCUGGCAGGGGAGGUUGUGCCACAGAGCUGCCCUGGGCUUUAGAGCCACCCAGCACCCUGUGGCCCAGCAGGACCAGAUGGAUGGUUCCUGCCACCCCCACUCUGGGUCCUUCUGCGUCCACAGAAGUCCUUCCACCUUGUCCUGGACACCGGUUCCUGUCCUGCAGCUGAUGCUGCACCAUGUGCCUUAAACAACCCCCUGGCUGCCCUGGGUCAUUCCCAUGCAGCGCCUGGAAGGGUUAAACCGUUCUCGCCCUCCAUUAUGUCUGUUUGUCGAGCUCAGUCCAUCUGUCCGGUGGGAGCUGGAGGAGGAAUUUCGGCUCCAGCAUCCUCUUCCUCUCUAUUGUGUCUGAAACAAUGGCCCUGGCCAGCAGGUCCUUAACCCAUUCCCCACCCCUCCCAGGCAUUGUAGGGGGCUGAGGUGGGUGCUGGUGGAUGCUGUGCACCCAUCUCCUGGGAGACACUGUGGUAGAUGUUCCCAGGAUGGUGCCUGCCAGGGGAUGGAGUGCUGGGAGCAAUAGACUGGGGCUGCAGGUGCUCCCUGCCACCACUGUGGGCACAGGGACCACCUGGCUCACUUCCAGCCUCUGCCUGGCACUGAAAGAGAUUAAGAGAGGAAAAAAAAAAUCACUAAGGAGGAGACGGGGUACCUGUCCCCCUCCUCUGUGCCGCAGCAGCCCCAAGUAGCACUUAGUCCUCACCCUGGGUCACCCCAUGACGCAGCACUGUCCAUCUGUCCCCACGGGAUGGGUGGGUGCCUCGAUGCUGAUUUUGCACAGAAGUUUCAUGCAACUGGCAGCAGCUUGGGGCUGAGGGGGGAAGAGUUUUGGGAAGGAAGGGUGGGCCCCAGCCCCUUUUUGGCAUGGAGCCAUGGCCAGGCAGCCCUCUCCCCUCAUGCACCCCCCCCCAGCCCAUUGAACACUAAACCCCACAUCUGCCUGGGCCUACCCUGGGACAGUGCCUGGCAGGAGCAGGGUCCCCUGCAUACUCUCUGUCUCAGCCACCCCCCCCGUGCCUGCCCGGGGACACUGCUAGGACCAAAGACAGCACCCACUGGGGGCUGGGGACAUGUUGCUCUCCGGAGGGGGCUGCCAGCCCUCACUGAGCUGGGGGAGCCUGCCCCUACCUGUGCCUUGCCACGUGCUGUUGUGCUUCUCUCACACUAAAGAAGCAGCAGCAGCUGCAUAACUGUC